UUUAGGGUGAGGUGGCAGCAAAAUUAUCUUCCUCUGAAACAUUUUAUAGCUGCCACUGCCAGGUCCUCUUAUCUCUUUCCCUCCAACUUCCCAACUUCUGAACCUCAGCUAGAGUGGAGAUGCAAGCCUCAAUCUGCAUACAAACUUCACCAUCCUCUCUCUCCAGUUUGAGACCUAUCCACAACCCUCUUCUGGGUCACUCUCUGUCUUCAAGACCAUGCUUGCCUCUCAAAAAAAGAGCCUCUUUGACCACCAAAGCACUUCUAUCAACUUCCAAGGAAUCAGUCUUGAAGGACUUCCAUGAACGCAGAGCUCUCAAGAUUAUUUCAGGUUUGCAGAAUUUUGACAAAGAAAAUGUUGCCUCAGUCAUUACUGCGGCAGAGCAGGGAGGAGCAACUCAUGUGGAUAUAGCUUGUGACCCGGAGUUGGUGAAGCUUGCCAUCGGUUUAACUUCUCUUCCGGUUUGCGUUUCUUCUGUCGAUCCAGCGGCAUUUCCAGCUGCUGUUGAAGCAGGAGCACUGAUGGUUGAGAUUGGAAACUAUGACUCAUUUUAUGAGAAGGGUGUGAUUUUCACUCCAGAGCAGAUAUUAAAUCUAACAAAGGAGACGAAGAGGAUUCUUCCAUCUGUGACCUUAUCAGUCACCGUACCUCAUACACUAAGCCUCCCAGAUCAGGUCAAGCUAGCAGAGAUGCUGGAGCAAGAAGGUGUAGACAUCAUUCAAACAGAGGGAGGAAAAUGUUCUAGCCCUUCAAAAUCAGGCGUUCUUGGUUUGGUCGAGAAGGCAACGCCAACAUUAGCAGCAGCAUAUUCGAUAUCACGGGCUGUCAAGAUCCCCGUCAUGUGUUCAUCGGGACUGAGUGCAGUUACAGCACCAAUGGCCAUAGCAGCAGGAGCCGCUGGAGUGGGUGUGGGCUCUGCAGUGAACAAGCUCAAUGAUGUGGUUGCAAUGAUUGCAGAAGUCAGGAGUAUCUCCAACUCAUUAGGAGCACCGGCUGAUAGGCGUGCUACUUCUGAAGGAAAAGUUUUGAAAAUGUAAUCCAUAAGUUAAUUUUCAUAGGAUAGGUGACAAAAAAUUAGCGAGGUCUUUAGUGCUGUAUACAGAGACAUUGUUGGGAUUGUUUCCAAAUAAAUAAGAGCAGUAGUUACCUUUCCUUUUA